ACAGAUCCCACCAGCCCCAAGAAGUAUACAGCAACAGCGAGGAACGCUGGGGGAUGUAGUCCAAGGACAUCCAGAGAAAAGGAUUCCCAAACUCAAGGAAUAAAAUGCAAGGAUUUGAUGUGUGUAGCCUUUUGGGGAAAGAAAAGAAACUGAGCUGUGUCCUGAAAAGGGCAGCCAAGAUGGCCAGUGGUUUGGACACUUUGGGGCCUUGUGAGGAAAAAGACAGUGGAGGAAUGUUGAAUUUGGAGAAGAAAAGACUGAGGAAGGACCGAAGACAGAGCUUGUCCUCAGGUGAGCCGCUCCUCAGGUGCGCCCUUGAGCCAAGGCAGUCCAAUUGCAAGAAAAGAUGUGAGGAGAAACUUCUGGACUGAGAUUCAUCAGAGAGUGGUGGGCUCCAUCUUUGAGGAUCUUUCAACAGAGCAGCUAGGUGGGUGCUUUCAGUAUCUCCUGCUGCCUGGCCAAAUGAGAGUAACAGCAAGGGGAACAGGCUUCUUGAGGUGGCAGGUGGUGGCUGGUGCAUUCUCUUCCUAAUGCCCCCCUUGCCUUGCGUGCCAGGAGAGGAGGCAGCUGGCAGCUGAGGCAAGUGGGUCCCAGGUCAGCCAAUGGGAGAAAAGGAGGGUGGGGCAUGGGGGCCACGCUCUGUUGCCUGUCGCCACCUUCAGAGCCUUCCAGGCGAGGAGGAGGAGGACACACACCUUCCUCAGCAAGAGAUACCCAGGCAGGUGGGAAGAACGGGGGCUGCUCACGGAGCCCCUUCCUCUUUGCAGCAGCCGGAGAGGAAGCCAAAACCAGCACGGAUGUCUCUGCCCAUCUCCCCUGUGCUCUGGAGGAAAGAGUCGCAACGUAGAAGGCAGAGGAGGCAGAGGCGGCAACGAGACUUGCACCCAAAGCCCUGGAGGGAUGCCGUGGUGGACGACAGCCUGACCAGCCUGCAGUGGCUCCAGGAGUUCUCCAUCCUGACGGCUGACACAGAGAAGCCCACCGCGUCCGGGGACAAGGGGCCCCCAAGACAGCAGCAGCAGCAGGUCCCUGAGGCUCCGUCCAGCCCUCCGGAAGGGGCCCGGGCCUCUACAGGGAUGGGCCCCACUGCCUUCUGCGGCCCCCAUCCCCCUACACAGGACCCCCUGGAUUUCCGGACAGAUGCACGGGUCAAGCCCCCCUACUCCUACGCCACCCUCAUCUGCAUGGCCAUGCGGGCCAGCAAGGGGGGCAGGCUUACCCUGGCAGCCAUCUACGCCUGGAUCGCAGAGAACUUUGCCUUCUAUCGCCUGGCAGAGCCCAGCUGGCAGAACUCCAUCCGCCACAACCUCUCCCUCAACAAAUGCUUCCAGAAGGUUCCACGGAGGAAGGAUGAGCCGGGCAAAGGGGGCUUCUGGCAGAUCCACCCGCAGUUCGCCCACCUUUUUGCAGACGAUGGGGUUUUCCAUCGCAGGCAUCGCAUGCCAGCCCUGCCUUCGUCUGGACAUCCCUUGAACCCAGCACCCAAGCCUCCCCCAGUGGCCCCUUGCCCUCAAGCCGGGCCCCCUUCUCCAGAGGUCCCCGCUCUGUCCAGGGACCUUGGCUGGGGGGCCGUGCUGGAGCCCACCAAAGAGGCAGGCAGCUUGGAGGACCUGGAGCUGGCCGCUGCCCUGGACUCACUGGCCGAAGGUGAGGACAACCAUGGCCAAGAAGAAGAAAGGGGCCUGGCCCAAGCCUUGACUCUGUGCCCUGAAGUUUGGGGAGCGGAGGAGGAGGAGGAGAGGGCGGCAGAGCAAGGGUCCCGGUGGGCUUUCGAGGUGGGCGCUUGCUUCUCUGAGGGGUUCCUUUCUGGGAUCCAACCCUGGGAAGGGUGAGCAGUGUCUCCCCAGGGGGGGCAGGGGCCCAGAGCUAAAGCAUUUCUGCCUGGAAAAGUGGCCCCUGAAUCAUGCCAGGGCAUGGAAACAGACCCAGCCUCUUUCACGCAGUGCAGAAGACACUCAUGUACCAUCUACACUGCCAUAUAAAAUCCAGAUUAUCUACUUUGAACUGGAUUAUAUGGCAGUGCAGACUCACAUAAAGCAAAUAAUGUGGACUACAUGCUUUGAUAUCUGGUUUAUAUGGCAGUGUAGAAGGGGUCUCAGUAGCCAGGGCUUGCAGCUUUAAUGAAACCUGGAGAAGGCAUGGGCUUCUAAAAGGGUCAACGAUCCAGAAGCCUGGGGCAGCUCAAGCCACAAGCUGAAAGAGGCCAGGAGUCGCCCCAAGGGAGUCACCUUGACUUCUCUCCCAUCUCCAAUUCUCUUUCCAAAUAUGGAUUUCAGCAGAAAACUUAAUAAACACAGGCAAGUUUUGGUCUGAGUGCA